UCCCCUCCCCCUCCCCCUCCCCCCUCCCAUCUGCAAUGGUGUUCGGACGCAAGAAGAAGAAGCAGAGCCAGAAGAAGAAGAAGAAGAACAAGAGGAGGAGGAGCAAGGGAAGUUCAUCGAGCUCAUCGUAUGGAUCUGGAUCUGGAUCUGUUCCACCGCCUGCGGCUGAUCCCUUGGCUUUGAGGUAUGCUCGUGGUUCGCUCGUCCUCAAGCGCAUUCUCUCAAAGCAGCAGUAUGGCAUUGAUGAUCAAGCGCUGGUGCUUGAGGAGAUGGACUCGGAGGAGGAGUACUCGUCAUCGAGUGGUGGCAAGGGCAAGAAGAGCAAGAAGAGCAAGAAGAGCAAGAAGGGCAAGAAGGGCAAGGGCCACCACGACAAGAUCGGUAACUUUGCCAAGGCCAACCGCAAGGUCAACCUGAGACUACUCCCACGGGAAGAUGCCGUGUGUCAUGCUGUGGUGGAGACCUUCAAGUCCUCGCUUCCCUCGAUUCGGGUCGAUGCUGUGGUGGAUGUCGACUCGCCGGCGGUGAGGAAGUUUGCUCGGGCAAAGGACAAAGUGGCGAAGAAGCGCCCGCUCCUCGCCCGCAACAACCUCAUUGUCCGCAGACUCUUCUUUGGUGCCAGGCCUGCCUGCCGCUUCUCGCUCGGCGGUGAGCUCGAGCUUUGCUCGCUCACGGGCUGCCAGCUCUGCGCCGUUCUUCGCGGCAACGGCUACCCAGUGUCUGCCAUCGAGGCACCGGUCGGCGUCGAGGCGUCUGGCAGCAGCUCCGCUUCCGACGACGGCCACACUGGCAUUAUCUUUUCCACUACCGCCGAGGACGCCGCCCGCAUGGCUGCCGCUGAUGCGUCGGUGCUGGGCAAGACCGGGCGUGUGGCGGUUGUCUCAUGCCUCGUUGUCGUCGGCGAGUCCAAGAGCGUGUGGUCCGCAGACGAGGUCGACUCCGUCCCGCCAAAGGGCUUUGACUCGGUGACACAAGAGCCUGCCGACGCCGAGCACUUUGCAGGCAGCUACACGGUGCAGCGAGUGGUUGUCGGCUCUGCCGAUGCGGCCAUGCCUGUCCAAGUCGUUGUCUUUGGCGGCCAGCACGGUCUCGAGCUGUGUGCGGCGUGCGGGCGGUCGUGCGCCAUCCUCGAGACCCAAGACGCAGUCGUCAGUGGCGAGUACGGCAAGUUCUGCUCGGCCGAUUGCGAGGCGAGCUUGGUGGCCAUGAUCGACACCGUCGAGGCCCGCAUGACCCAGACCGACACCAAGCUCAAAGUCCCUGCCCACUGGUCGGUGACGACGGCGGUCAAGGGCUCCGACUCGAGCUCGGCAUCCGAGUCCGAGGAGAACGACUGCGACCUCAUCGACGUCGCCGGCUCGGUCGAGGCCGCAGUCCUCUACAAGAAGCUCUCCGAGACGCUCGAGGGCGUCACGUUCCAGGGCAUCUACCGGAUCCAGUCGCCGCACCUCCACGCCAUGUACCGGCGCCAGCUCAAGACGAUGACCAAGACUGCCGCCGACGGCGACGUCGACGAGCUGCUCCUCUUCUCGGGCUGCCACGGCCUCGCGCCCGACGAGAUCUACAACUCGCUUGACGGCUUUGACUUUAAGCUCGUCUCGGGCGACCUCGGGCGCGCCUGGCACUUUGGUCCGGCCUCGUUUGCAGACAGGGCCGCCAUGCGUGAGGCCAACGGCUUCCGCACCAUCCUCGUAGCCAAGGUCGCGCUUGGUGCCUGCGGCGACGUCACAGUCGACCCGUACCGCAAGCUCCCGCCGCUGAUGGAGAACCCGGACGUGGUCGGCGAGGCCAAGGUCAAGUCCAAGGGCUCCAGCUCCAAGAAGGGCAAAGCCAAAAAGUCCAAGAAGGGCAAGACCGUCAAGCGCCGCUACGACACCAUCACUGCCGCCGUCGGUGAGGAGAAGCUCUACGCCAUGUUCACCAACAAGAACGCGUACCCGGCGUAUGUCAUCACCUACACCGCCCCCGACAACGACAAAUACGCCCCGAACUCCAUCCAAUCCGACUGGUAGUACAGGUAGAUCAGCUCGCCCGCGACCCCCUCCCCCCACAUAAACCAAGAUUGCAGCCGAGA